AUGGGGGACGCAUUAUUAGAACAAAUUCGUGACAUUUUGAGGGGAAAUCGAUCUGGACCUACUUUUGGCCGUAUCAGUGAGUUCGACUCUAGCAAGGUGUCGUGGUCAGUGUACGAAGAGCGAAUGGACCAGUAUUUUUCGGCAAACAAAAUCACAGAAGAGGAGGACAAGAAAGCAGUGUUCAUUACAGUUAUCGGCGAUGACACUUACACACUUUUGCGCGAUCUUCUUUCUCCGGAUCUACCAUCAACAAAAACCUUCGACGAGCUCCGCACCAAGCUACGUGAAUAUCUCAGUCCAAAACCUCUGGUAAUUGCUGAAAGAUUUCGUUUUAAUAAUCGCGUACAAAAAUCAGACGAAUCCGCUAGCCAGUUUAUGGCAGCUCUCCGUCAUCUUUCUCGUACGUGCGAAUUCGGGCCAUUCCUAGACGAUGCCCUUCGCGAUCGUUUUGUUUGCGGCUUACAAAAUGAAAGCACAAAACAAAAGCUUAUCUCCACGGAUAGAUUAACGUCGGCAACAGCAUUAACAACUGCCGUGGCAGAUGAAAGCGUUAGAAAAGAUGUGUCGGAGCUACGUCUUCCUGAUUCAAGCGUUACUCCGGGAGUAAACCGAUUACAGCAGCAACGAUCAGAAGCAUCGGGCGGCUGGGAGUGUAGACGAUGUGGAGGCACAAAACAUAAAGCGUCGGAUUGCCCUUUCCUAACAGCUGAGUGCCACCGUUGUCAUCGAACCGGACAUAUUCAGUCUAAAUGUCGAACUAAGCUAGGCAAUCAAAAAGACGAAGCAGAGCGGCAAGAUGACAGGAAAAAGCCCAAUAAGUCGGCCUUGAAGAAGAGUACUAAAUUUCGGCAACAUCAAGUUGAGGUAGAUUCCUCAGAUGAAGAGGAUGACGACCGACCAAUAUUUCCAAUUCACACCAUGCUUGUUGAGGAAGCCGAAGCAGAGCCUCCGGUUCAACUCAAAGUGCUACUUGACGGUGUGCCUGUGGAUAUGGAGGUAGACAACGGCGCAGCAGUGUCCGUUGUUUCAAAAUCAACUUGGAUUCACUGUGGCAAACCUAGUUUGGAAGCAGUCGAGUUCAAGUUGCGGGCUUUCCGAUCGUCUUUAACCAUUCUUGGUACGUGGCGCCCGAUUGUUAGUGUUCGGGGUGAAAAGAUGAAGCUGCCGAUCGUCGUGGUAAAAGAAGAAGGACCAUCUCUUUGUGGUCGAAAUUGGAUUCGAAAAAUUUGCCCAACAAUCCUAUCUAUCAACCAUCAACUACUCGAGCAGCCAUCGAUUUCUUGGAUCGAACGUUUUCCAAAUGUUUUUAAGAAGGGCAAUGGGACCAUUAAGGGAUUUGAAGCAGUGUUGGAGCUCAAACCAGGUGCUGUACCGAAAUUCUUCAAGGCAAGACCAGUGCCGUAUGCGAUUAUGCCGCAAAUAGAAGCAGAAUUGUUGAGAAUGGAGCGUGAAGGUGUUAUUGAAAAGGUCAAUUUCAGCCAAUGGGCAUCACCGAUAGUAGUAGUCCCAAAACCAUCGGGCGACGUGCGCAUUUGCGGCGACUACAAACCCACUUUGAACCCGCAGCUGAAGGUAGACAUCUAUCCCCUCCCCACUCCGCAAGAUUUAUUUGCAAAAUUAAGCGGAGGUAAAGUUUUCACAAAAUUGGAUCUAUCCAAAGCUUACCAGCAGCUCCGGCUGGCCGUAGAAAGCCGUGAUUUAGUAACAAUAAACACACAUAAAGGGCUAUUCAGACCCUUAGUAUUUCCAUAUGGAGUCGCUUCUGGCCCCGCGAUUUUCCAGCUAUUCAUGGAUACAUUGCUGCAAGGUAUUGAAGGAGUCUAUGUCUUUUUAGACGACAUUCUCGUGUCAGGAAAAGACGACGAGGAGCACGACAGUCGUUUAGAAGAAGUUUUCAAACGACUGAACGACGCUUGUGUCGUGUUGGAGCAAACGAAGUGCCUCAUCAAGAAGAAAAGUCUAACCUUUCUUGGCUUUAUUCUGGAUGGGGAUGGCAUAAAUCCUACAGCGGCCAAGGUAGAAGCUGUGAAAGAGGUUGCCCGUCCAGAAGAUGCCCAGCAAGUACGAACAUUCCUGGGUCUUGUAAAUUUUUAUGGCAAAUUUGUUCCUCGAUUGGCGACUAUAGCUGCCCCACUCUACGACCUUUUAAAGAAAGAGUCCAAAUUCCAGUGGACGGAAGCAGAAGAAACAAGUUUCCAGAAAAUCAAGACGAUGCUAUGUAGUAAACCAGCUCUCGUUCACUAUGAUCCAAAGAAACCAAUUCGAGUAUAUUGUGACGCGUCAGCGGUGGGGGUUGGCGCCGCUCUUAAUCACGUUUAUCCAGACGGAAGCGAGAAACCAGUUGCCUAUUCUUCUAAAAAGCUUUCUUCGACCGAGCAACAUUACGCACAAAUAGAGCGUGAGGCAUUAGCUUUAGUUAUUGGAGUUACAAAAUUCCAUCAAUACUUAUUUGGCAGAAGUUUUGAGCUCGUGACCGACCACAAGCCUUUGCUUGGAAUCUUAAGCAACUACAAACCGAGCAGCCCAAUUGCUGUGUCACGCAUACAACGUUGGUUUUUGGCAUUAGCUAACUACUCUUACACACUGGUGUUUCGACCUACAGACCAAAUGGGGAAUGCAGACUCAUUAUCGCGAGCCCCGAUUGGACGUCCUUGCAUCGACGAGUGCAGUCGCGAAUUUGCAAUCUUGACUGCUACAUCGAUUGCUAAAAUCAACCUAGACGCCAAACUAGUUAAAUCCAAGACGCAGUGUGACCCCAUCUUAAAAGAAGUUUUAUUAUUUGCUCAUCGCAGUUGGCCUGAAGAUGUUCCGGACACGUGGAAACCGUUUUUAGCAAAGCGUGAUGAGAUCGGCGUCUCGAAUGGAGUAUUACUAUGGGGCGGCAGAGUUAUCGUACCUCAAGCCAUUCGCAGUUCGGUGUUGGACUUGUUACACGAAGGACACAGCGGCGUAUGCAGAAUGAAAUCCGUAGCCCGCAGCACAGUUUGGUGGCCCGGAUUAGAUUCCGAGAUUGAAAAGCGAGCUAAGGAGUGCGAAAAAUGCGCAAAAUUUAAAGAGAACCCUCCUGCUGUUCCGGUUCAUCGCUGGAUUUGGCCCGCUAAACCAUGGUCCCGCAUUCACAUCGAUUUCGCCGGUCCAUUUAUCGGCAAAAUGUUUUUUAUCGUGGUGGAUGCUCAUUCCAAAUGGCCGGAAGUAGGCGUACUCAACAUCGGUCAGACGACGACAGCUGCAGUAAUAGCUGUUUUGCGUAACAUUUUUGCACGCCAUGGCUUACCAGACGAGAUAGUGUCCGAUAAUGGCACCCAAUUUACUUCCAACGACUUAGAAAUUUUUUUGCAAGGCCUCGGCGUUAGCCAUAUAUUGACGCCACCCUAUCAUCCAUCGUCUAAUGGCGAAGCCGAACGUUUUGUACGGGAGCUGAAGAUAAAGUUGAAAAUUUUAGAGACGACGUCGUCUACUAUCGAUGAGAAUUUGUCGACGUUUCUUUCAACUUAUCGCACAACACCACAUACCACCACAGGCAUUUCACCAGCAGAGUUGCUGUAUGGACGAAGAAUUGUCACUCAACUGGAUAAGCUACGCCCAGCCGUGGACAAGAAGUUUUCCAGACAAUUGCCCCCGCAAUCGGCCGAAGAAACGAGAAAUUUUUUAGCCGGCUCACCAGUAUGGUUAAGAAUGUACAAUAAUCCAUUGUUAAAAUGGGUCAAGGGGGUUGUGACAAAAGUUCUCUCCCCAGUUUCCUACUUGGUUCGCCCAGAAGAUGGCGUCGAGACAAAGCGUCAUGUAGAUCAACUGAUGGCACGAGCGGAAGCAACAUUAGCCGAGAUUCCAAGUGACCAACAGCCGUCCCAAUCUACCAGUGUGGAGCGUUACCACCCCCCACUUCCAUUAUUGGUUAGUCCACAAUAUCUACCGAAGCAGCUGGAGAGUGAUCAUCAACCAGAACGAGGUCAAGAUGAAGUUGGCGACAACACUGAAAGUUUUCCUUCCCAUCCAGCCGUAGCUGAAGAAAUUCCGGUAGCAAGGCAGCCACUUAGUUCAGGUGCGGCAGGUCAUUCCGUUGCAGAGCCGUCGGUGAUCCGGACUUCAAGCAGGCCAAACAAAGGAUACUCAUCUGGCAGAUUCCAUUACAAGCAGUUGGGAGUUCCUUCCCCUUAA